CUCGGGAAACAUAUAUGUAGAAAAUGACAUUUUCUCUGCGUGUAGCCACCCUCCUCAAACAACAAUGUCAUCUGGAGUGGAGGCCAGAGGCCAUACGAACGUCCGGCGUUUCAGUCCAGCUCAUAUAGGAAAUAGCGUGACGGACAUUUCUGUCAGACCCCGCGAGCGACGCGAUGUCCCCGGAGCAAGCAGCCAGCAAUCAUCCACUGUGACUUUGACGACACUUUGUGACCAAUCACAGAAAGUCCUUAUCUACGCCGACCUCCAUCACACCAAGACGCAAUCGACACCAGCCCCAUCAAUCCCCGCUCGGCCUCCCACUCAAUACGCAGACAUCAACCAGUACCUACUGUCUUCAGCUCCUCGUGAAGCCCCGCCCUUUUUCAUUGAUGACUCCUCAAGUGUGGGUGAGGAAACACAAAGUGUUGAGGAUCCAGAGGCCAAUGAGGAGAAUGCUCCACCAAUUCCGCUCCGUGGUAACCCCAUUCCCCCUCCGGAACGAGAUUGGCAGUAUUACUGAAAUUUCC